AUGUCGUCAGCUUUCAUCUCAGCGAAGGUGUACGUACCGUCGUUGGCGAGCUUCUCGUCUACAGUAUUUCUCCACACAAUCGAGAAGAACGAAAGUAGAAACGGCGAUCAUGAAGUCGAGUCAAGACGACCUGAAGUCUGGUGCAAAGCGGUUGCGCUUGAGAAGAUGCGGGUUCGGUUCUUGAUAGGGUUGUUACUUCUAUUAUCCUAUCUCGUCGAAGCUGAUGAACAUGAUCAUAUGUAUGAAAUCGAUGAGGAGGUUGUCCUAUGGAUGAACACGGUAGGACCGUACAGCAAUCGACAAGAGACUUACACGUAUUUUUCUUUGCCAUUCUGCCGAGGGCCAAAAGAAUCCAUUGGUCAUUAUCAUGAGACAAUGGGCGAGUCUCUUCUUGGAAUCGAACUUGACUUCUCUGGGCUGGAUAUCAAGUUCAGAACGAAUACGAAGAAGACGGUAUAUUGCAAGAAGAAGCUGUCGGCGGAUGAGUACCAAACCUUCGUAUAUGCCAUUAAGAACAGUUACUUCUAUCAAAUGUAUCUGGAUGACAUGCCUAUUUGGGGAAUGGUUGGUGAAGUCGAUGAUUCUCGAUCUCCCCCCGCUUAUAAGUUGUAUACUCAUAAGCAACUAGACAUUGGAUAUGAUGACAAGCAGGUUGUGGACGUCAAUUUGACUUCCGCUGGCCACGUCGAAAUUCAUCCUGGAGUCGAGUUAGAGUUCAGUUAUGAGGUGAAAUGGGUGCAAUCUUCUAUUAAGUUUGCUGAUAGAUUCGACAAAUAUUUGGAUCCAAGUUUCUUCCAACAUAGAAUUCAUUGGUUUUCCAUUUUCAACAGCUUCAUGAUGGUUGUGUUCCUUGUUGGUUUAGUAUGGAUGAUUCUUGUAAGGACUCUUCGUAAGGACUACGCAAGGUAUCAAAAAGAAGACAGCAUUGACGAUCUGGAUGCUGAUCUGGGUGACGAAUACGGUUGGAAACAGGUGCACGGAGAUGUAUUUCGUGCACCAUCGAUGCCGCUACUUUUCUCGAGUUGCAUUGGCGCAGGCUACCACGUGUUUACAGUGGCAUUCAUCACCAUUGUCCUUGCAAUAGUUGGCGAGUUCUAUACCGAACGCGGUUCUCUCCUUUCUGCUGCAAUCUUCGUGUAUGCCGCAAGUUCACCUGUUAACGGGUAUGCUGGAGGAUCAAUGUACGCCAGAUUUGGCGGACGACAUUGGAUCCGACAAAUGGCUCUCGGAGCUUUUCUGCUACCUAGUUUGGUAUGCGGAGUUGCAUUCCUAAUUAAUUUCAUAGCCAUUUACUACCAUGCAUCUCGCGCUAUUCCCUUCACGGUAAUGCUUGCUGUGACAGCUAUCUGCCUGUUUGUGAUCCUACCACUUACGCUCGUUGGAACUGUACUCGGUCGCAAUAUGUCUGGACAAGGAGAUUAUCCAUGCAGAGUGAACGCGGUGCCACGUCCUAUCCCCGACAAAAAAUGGUUUGUGCAACCUUGGUUGAUUGUCCUCAUGGGAGGAGUUCUACCUUUUGGAAGCAUUUUUAUCGAAAUGUACUUCAUUUUCACAUCAUUUUGGGCGUAUAAGAUCUAUUACGUGUAUGGGUUCAUGCUUCUUGUCACUAUCAUCCUUGCGAUCGUCACUGUUUGUGUGACCAUCGUCUGCUGCUACUUCCUGUUAAAUGCUGAGGACUACAGAUGGAGAUGGACGAGCUUCAUGGCAGGUGCCUCCACAGCGCUUUACGUGUACCUUUAUUCGAUCUAUUAUUUCUUCUUUAAAACAAAGAUGUACGGUCUGUUCCAAACAGUAUUCUAUUUCGGCUACAUGGGCAUCUUCUCUGCAGCACUUGGUCUCAUGACUGGCACAAUUGGAUACGUCGGCACAGCAAAAUUUGUGCGAAAAAUCUAUUCCACUGUGAAGAUUGACUAG